UUUAUAUAAUAACAAGGCCUAUAUCAGAACCCUGUUUCUGUAAAUCUCUUCAUUUUGCUUCCUGCUUCCUGCAGCAAAGGUUUUGUUGUUCCAGUUCAGUUGGAGAUUAGUUUAUAUACCAUAAUGGCUGAUGCACUGACAGAAGAACAAAUUGCGGAGUUUCGAGAAGCCUUCUGCUUGAUCGACAAAGACUCCGAUGGCUUCAUUACAAUGGAAGAACUGGCCACAGUGAUCCAUUCUUUGAAUGAGCAUCCAACAAAUGAAGAGGUACAAGAAAUGAUAAGUGAAGUUGAUACUGAUGGAAAUGGGACCAUUGAUUUUGAGGAUUUCUUGGGUAUCAUGGCCAGAAAAAUGAAGGAUAAUGUAUCAGAGGAGCUAAAAGAAGCUUUCAAAGUAUUUGAUCGGGAUCAAGAUGGAUUUAUAUCAGCCACUGAGUUGAAAAAUGUAAUGAUAAACUUGGGGGAGAGACUAACAGAUGAAGAAGCUGAACAGAUGAUUAGGGAAGCUGAUUUGGAUGGAGAUGGCUUAGUUAGCUACGAAGAAUUCGCCAGAAUAAUGAUGGCAGUAUGAACUGACUUAACAAGAUAUAUAGAUAUUCAUCUCAUAGAAAUCAUUUUUGUUGAGAUCACCUCUUGUGUAAAGCCUGUAAUAUCCUGAUGUUAUCUCAUAGAAGUUACAAAUUAAAAUGCUAAAUAAUGAUAAUUGGAUAGAAA